GGGCGGGGAGGGGCGUUCGCGGCGCUCGAGGCUGGCGGCCGUUCGCUGGCGUUGCUCUCCGCCUUCUCGUCUGCCCGCAGCGCUAGCCCAGCCCCGCCGGCUCGCUCUGCUGCGGGGAGAGCCAGCCAGGCAGCCGGCCGUCGCCCUCGCCGCUUUCCCACGCCAUGGAUUUCAACAUGAAGAAGCUGGCAUCGGACGCGGGCGUCUUCUUCACCCGAGCGGUGCAGUUCACGGAGGAGAAACUCGGCCAGGCGGAGAAGACCGAGUUAGAUGCCCACUUUGAAAACCUCCUCGCUCGAGCAGACACCACCAAAAAUUGGACCGAGAAGAUUUUACGACAGACGGAAGUCCUGCUUCAGCCGAACCCCAGUGCCCGAGUGGAGGAGUUCCUGUACGAGAAGCUGGACCGGAAGGUCCCGUCCCGGGUGACCAAUGUGGAACUUCUGGCCCAGUACAUGAUGGAAGCGGCCAGCGACUUCGGUGCCACCUCUCCAUAUGGCAAAACUCUCAUCAAAGUUGGGGAAACCGAACGGCGCCUUGGAGGAGCUGAGCGGGACUUCAUUCACGUGGCCUCCAUCAAUUUCCUGACUCCUCUGCGCAACUUCCUGGAGGGAGACUGGAGAACCAUUUCGAAAGAGCGACGGAUCCUGCAAAACCGUCGGCUGGACCUGGACGCUUGCAAAGCUCGGCUGAAGAAAGCAAAGGCUGCGGAAGCGAAAGCCGCGUGUGAGGGAACUGCGGUGCCCGACUUUCAAGAGACUAGACCUCGUAAUUACAUUCUCUCCGCCAGUGCAGCCGCGCUUUGGAAUGACGAGGUGGAAAAAGCGGAGCACGAACUGCGACUGGCCCAGACGGAGUUUGACCGACAGGCCGAAGUCACCCGACUUCUCUUGGAAGGCAUCAGCAGCACGCAUGUCAACCACCUCCGAUGUCUCCACGAGUUUGCAGAAGCUCAGACCACGUAUUUUGCGCAGUGCUACCAAUACAUGCUGGACCUCCAGAAGCAGCUGAACAGCUCCAGAGGAGAAAUGCUGCCGGGGACCUUCGUGGGCAAUGCAGAGUCCACAUCGCCCCCGCCCAACGCUGCUUCCCCAACAGGCAUGGUCGCUGCCACAGGGCCCGCCGUGCCCACCCUCCCGGUGGUGCCCACGAUCGCCAGGGCACCCAAUUCAGCUCCAGGGGCUGAAGUGCUGAACCCCAGCGAGGUGAAGCCCCCCACCAGCGGGACCCGGAGAGCCCGGGUGCUGUAUGACUACGAAGCAGCGGACAGCAGCGAGCUCUCCCUCCUCUCGGAUGAGAUGAUCACUGUGUACAGUCUCCCAGGGAUGGACCCUGACUGGCUGAUUGGAGAGAGGGGGAACAAAAAAGGCAAAGUCCCCGUCACCUACUUAGAGCUGCUGAGUUAAACACACCGCCUGGCAAGGACCACUCUUCAAGCAAAACCCUCGUCUCUCUUUUCUUUUCUUUUUUUGUAAAGGCUGAAACCGAUUCAUUCUGAGAUCACUCGCGCUCACUAUUUAUUAUUAUUAUUAUUGUUGUUAUUAUUUUGGGUUCUUGGGAUGUGUGGAUUAAGGCCCCCAAAGGAGUGGAGGGUGAAUCCCUUCCAUUCUCCAGGGCUUCAGUGACUCCCUUCCAUUCAUCCUGGUUGGCUUUGAGAAUUGUUGGGAGCUGCUGGGAAGACACCCCCGGCCCCUGUUGGGGAUGGCAAAGUGGGGUCAUAAGGACUAGCCACUUAGAGUUCCUUCCUUUCCUUCUCCUCCUCCCUCCUUUUCCGCUCCCUCCCCAUCUUCCUAUCUCUCCUUCCUUCCUUCCCUUUUCUCACCCUAUUUCCCUCGUCCUGUCUUUUUCGGAGUCUUCAAUCGCUUUUAGACAUUCCAGGGGGGUGAUGUGCAGAGAGAAAGGAGCUUUUUUCCUGGUUGCUGGCCAAGCCCCCCCCCCCCCGCCAUCCAAUUCCAUUCCCAGACUUUGAGCCAGUUGGAGAAGAAAACUUUAGCUUUGGAGGCAGAGACGACCCUGCCUGGUCAGUCUUUUUGAUAGACAGAAAGAUCCUAAGAAUUUAACGAAAUCUGCAACUCGGCUGAAGUUUCCGUAACGGCUAAGCUUUGAUUGCCUGCCUGUGCACCAAUUCCACCUCUUGUACUGCCUUCUUGUGUGGAAACACACACACACACACGCAAACACAUCUGCCUGAGAUUGAGGAGCCCGGACUUGUCGUAUCCCUUCAUGCCCCACAGCUCAAUCUUUAGGGUGUUUCUCCCGAAGUCGAAGCCAUAUGUAGAGCCAGUGUAAACCUAGCACAGAGCAUGGAGCAGAUUCAACCGCCACCCCGCGGCCCGGGGCUGUGUGGCUCAGCGCUUGGCUGGCCUCCCUCUGUGCGCUUUGAGGCUGAUGUCGGGUCGCAGAGCCCUUCCUUCCGUCAGUGCAUUUAUUUUGAAUGACUUCCAAAUGUUUCUUUGCUUGCCGGUCUGUUGUCUCGUUCUCCCAGUGGGCUUCAUUUUAUCCCCUCCGAGUUUCUUCGUAAGAGAGCCGCGCGGGGUUUAGAUAAUUCUGCUCUUUCUGGAGAUCCGUUCUGGGCUGGGAACAGAAAUGCAGGAUUUCUGAAGCUUCCCUGGACUGUGGGACAUUGCCAAAACUAUCGGGCAGAGAUGUUUGGUAGAAGGAAGACUCUUGCUUGGUGUGAUCUUUGGCAAAGGAUGUGGUGGUUUUCACAAGCCCGUUGUUUUAAAAAUACUUCCAGAUAAUAGUUCCACAGCAGGAGCCAAAAUCAUGAAUCCUAGAAAUGGAUUGGACCUUAAGCUGUUUAGCAGCAGGGGGAGUCCACUCCCCGUGUAAAACAUUUUGUCCUUCCUAAGUUAUAGAUGUUUUUCCUGUGUGCUCAGUUUAAAGCUUCUGCAUGGUUUCCCCCCGUUUGAAUGGGUUUUUUUUUUUUUUUGCGUUCUCCGGUGCUUGGCAUGUAUCCCUGGUCCGAGUCAGGAACACGUCUGCCCGCUGGGACCACGGAUCCGGGAGACCUCGCCAGGAGGAAGCAGCAAGUAAGCGAGGCCCAUUUUUCUGCGCGGGGGCCUCUGGGGGUGCCCCCCAUCUUUCCUUGCAGCUGUUCGUAUUCUGCAAAGGUUCUGCUUUUUUCUUUUAAGUUCCUUUAACUGCAGACUUUGAAGUGGGCCAAAAGCUCAAAUGUAAAGGAAAUGCCUGAAACUCUUGUUACUGCUAUCUUUGAUUAAUAAAAAGUUAGAGCUGC